AGCUGGAGCCGUUUGCAUGUUUUUUAGAUGAUUUGAACUCUUCUCGGGCCAAUCGCCAAGUGACUCCACCUUCUCCUCUAAAGAUAUCUGCUGCUUCUAAGAGCAACCAGCACCACAAAUACUUUUACUCAAUCCACCACAGACCUCUGUACACUUUGACUCACGCAGAGUUCAGACAUGCCUUCAGCAGGAUUGGAGAUACUUGGAGUGAGUCUGGCUGUCCUGGGAUGGAUCUCGUCGAUCGUGUCCUGCUCCUUGCCCAUGUGGAGAGUGUCGGCCUUUAUUGGAACAAACAUCGUCACAGCUCAGACUACCUGGGAGGGCAUCUGGAUGAACUGCGUGGUCCAGAGCACGGGGCAGAUGCAGUGUAAAAUCCACGACUCCAUGUUGGCUCUGAGUGGAGAUCUUCAGGCCGCCAGGGCUCUCACUAUCAUCUCCAUCAUUGUGGGCGUCAUUGGACUCCUGGUGGCUACAAUGGGGGCAAAAUGCACCAACUGUGUGGAGGACGACUCAGCCAAAGCUCGGGUUAUGAUAGCAGCCGGGGUGGCCUUCAUCAUUGCAGCUCUUACCCAGCUGAUCCCCGUGUCGUGGUCUGCGCAUACCAUCAUCAUGGAGUUCUACAAUCCGAUCAUACCUGAGGCACAGAAGAGGGAGAUAGGGGGAGCUUUGUACUUGGGCUGGGCUGCAGCCUCCUUUCUGCUCCUUGGAGGGGGCAUCCUGUGCUCCAGUUGCCCCCCGCAGCCUGACAAAAAGUACGGGCCUCCUUCAAAGGUGAUGUACUCUCAAACCAGGUCAGUGGCUCCGAGUGGCUACGACAGGAGAGACUAUGUGUGAGCUCACAGCUGCUCUCUUUCUCACGCCUUUGCUAUCAUGAGGAUUUGAAGAAGGAGAACUGGAGGGGACUUUUUAUUUGAAUAACUUAAGGAUGAAUCUGUUUUCAUGUCAUGCUCUUCUUAACAGGGCCUCUAACUUUUUUUUACCUUCAGACUGUUGGAACUUUAUUCUAAUGAAGUAGUGAGUUAUAUUUUAUAUUUAGUGAAAGUAUCUGUAAUAGGAUCCAAAUUUAAGGAAAGUGUGUCUCUGUAUUUUUACCUUCUCAGUGUAUUGACUGUUUGUGCUACAUAUAAAACUUUGUUUUGCUAAUGUUUGAAAUGUUUCAUGUCAAAGAUGUUACUUUUUCAAUUAAAGUCUUUGUUUUUAUA